UACGUUAUUACGUCGCUGGAACCUUCAGCUGUUAGACUUUGGCCACCCUAAAAGUGCAGGUUUUGUUAGCAAACUAAUUCGAACUGUAUAACUCGCACCGAGUGAUUUUAAAGUCGUGCAUUCGUCUGCUAAUCGAUCUUUGAACGCGUGAGCGAGGAUUUGAAGCACUUUGGCUGCACGAAGAAGCGCAUUUGGAUAUAUAUUUUUAAUCGCUGCUAGUUUUUGCACGACAAGCCAGCGAUCCUGAGCGGGUGUAAGGGUAGAUGCAGGGAGGGAGGGAGUAAAAAAAGGCAAAAGUCUUUGUGCUUCCCUUCCCCUUCAUCAAAGCAAAGGGGAAAUGUCUCUGUCUAAAGGAGGGAAGAAGAAGAACCCUGGGCUGAAGCUGGCCAAAGAAGUGUUUGUGCCACCCCCACCAGCAGCAACAGCGCCCCCUCGAGAUCUUGACUCUAAAGCUUGUGUCACAAUUGGAGAUCAGAACUUUGUGGUGAAGGCAGAUGACUUGGAGCAGAUCGCAGAGCUGGGCAGGGGUGCGUAUGGCGUGGUGGACAAGAUGAGACAUGUGCCCAGCGGUGUUAUUAUGGCUGUCAAGAGGAUUCGAGCCACAGUCAACACCCUGGAGCAGAAGAGGCUUCUGAUGGACCUGGACAUUUCCAUGAGGACAGUGGACUGCUUCUACACUGUUACCUUCUAUGGCGCCCUAUUCAGAGAGGGAGAUGUUUGGAUCUGUAUGGAGCUGAUGGACACCUCUCUGGAUAAGUUUUACAAGAACGUUAUUGAGAAAGGCAAGACCAUCCCUGAGGAUAUCUUGGGCAAGAUCACAGUAGCGAUUGUCAAGGCAUUAGAGCAUCUGCACAGAAACCUGUCAGUUAUACACAGAGAUGUGAAGCCCUCAAAUGUUCUGAUCAAUGCUAAGGGCCAAGUGAAAAUGUGCGACUUUGGCAUCAGCGGACACCUGGUGGACUCUGUGGCCAAAACAAUGGAUGCGGGCUGCAAGCCCUACAUGGCGCCUGAGCGGAUCAACCCUGACCUCAAUCAGAAAGGCUACAGUGUCAAAUCAGACAUAUGGAGUCUUGGCAUCACAAUGAUCGAGCUGGCCAUUUUGAAAUUCCCCUAUGACUCAUGGGGCACCCCGUUCCAGCAGCUCAAGCAGGUGGUGGACGAGCCGUCUCCACAGUUGCCCGCGGACCGUUUCUCCCCGGAGUUUGUAGACUUCAUCUCCCAGUGCCUAAGAAAGAAGCCAAAUGAAAGACCAGCUUAUACAGAAUUGAUGGAUCAUCCGUUUUUCACCCUGCAUGACUCCAAAGACACAGACGUGGCCAGUUUUGUCAAGGACAUCCUGGAUGACUGAUGGACUCCUCCCCAUCAGGGUGGGCUGGACCUCAAGCGAACCGACAGCCUCCCCUUUUUUUUUUAAACUCACUGGAAUGAAAAACUCUGAUGCACCCGCAUACAACAGGGGGUGACCCAAAGACUGACAGCGCCACUGGAGUGGAAGAGUGGCGGUAACAUGAACUUGUACGGCCAAACCCAACUGGAGAGGUUUAAUUCACCAAGCUUCCUCUGUGUGCAGUUACAACAUAACGAAUAUGAACUGAACGUGUUUUGUUGUUUCAUUCUGUUCUUUUGUUGUUUUUUUUGCCCCCAUCCCGCCUUUCUGAACGGACAGAGCCAGCCAUUAUUCAUUUGUGACACAUUUUAUGAAUACUUUGAAUUUCAUCUGCAAAAUCAUCAGUUAAUGUGUAUGUUGUUGUGUACUGAAAGCUAUAUUUGCAUAUGCGUUUGUAUGUUAUCUCAUACAGAGUUUUGAUACUGUAUAUCUUCGACAAGUGUGAAUUUUACCAGACUAGGGCCUUAUUUAUCAGAUCCCACCAGACGAACAGUUUGACCUGGUUCUGUUUCUCGCCCUGAGGUGACUGAUCAGUGCCAUGUUUGCAGUUGUUGCGGGUCGGGCCACGGGAGGCUCCAGGGCCGAGGCAUGACAUGCCACACAGUGGCAAUGAAAUGUUAAAGGUCACUCCCUGGACUUGAGUUGCAAAUCAUUCCUUGAUCUCUUGGCAUUGUGAGGGAGGAAUGUAAGGCGACCUAAAUCAUUUGAACCCGGAGUGAUCUAAAGCACAGCCCCUCAUGCAGUGACCCCUCACUCAGCAUUUGCUUCUUUUCUCUUGGGUAUUAAAUAGUCAGCUCUAGUGCUACCAUUGUUACUACCUGGAAGUAUUCAGGGGUGUUUUAUUUGUGCCAUUUUGGAAAUUGUUCAAUGAAUUACUGCAUUAAUUGUUUUGCAUUUUGAUUUUAUUUCUUCAUCUAUCCUCACGUUUGCUUACAUUUCUUAAUUUUGGAGUCAGCAAAGUCUUUACACCAGAAACAUACACUUCAUAUCUCUUUUUUCCUCCAGAGACCUUAUUAUGCCUUACACAGACAGUAUGUUAGGGAAGUAAUUUAUGUGUUGAAGAUGUAAAUACUAUCUCCUUUUUUAAUGUACCAAGGCACUGUCAUAAGUUGACAGUGUAGCUGAGUGGUAGAGUGGUUGGUUUUAGUUAGUUUUAAUGCAGUGUGACACAUUUAUGUACACACAGACACACACACACACGCAGGGCCAGCUGACUAUCGUACACCUAUUUUGGAUUGAUGGCCGUCAAGCUCCACCGCUCAGGUUUCUGCGCUCUCCUUCAGGUAGAGACGGCCCCUUUUAUGUCUCUCCAGGUCGUACUCUCCUUGAAUGCUGGAACCAGAAACUCUUCAGUCCCUGGUUGGCAGCCACUAUCUCUUCUGUCUGACCAUACUAUGCAGAGCCCCUUGCCAUGUGGCAGUUUCCCCGCUCCAAGUGUUCAGAGAGACUGGCGACAGUGAAGAUGGUGAAGAUGACUGCCAUGCCCAUAUUCAUGUGUAGCACUCAGCGCCUCCUCGGUUUACACUGUAGUGCGACCUUUAUUAGAAGUCAGUGAGUUAGGAGUAUUUAUGAUUGUGAAAAAUAAGGGAAAGCUAGCAACACCGCAAAGAAGCUGCUGUUGUUUUUAUUUUAUUCUAUUUUUUUUUUUUACUGGCCUCCUUUGGAUGGCCAUUCCCUUGGUGUGUAAGUUUUUACGCUGAUCACAAUGAGAAUGGAACACUUGCUCUACCUCUUACUCCUUUACUCUAUGUGCCACCUUUUCAAUAGGUGGAAAUGACAGACUUGAACUAUGGAAAGACAAAAAAUAAAGGCUUUGACGUUCA